AUGUGCCGGUCGAAUUUCCGUAUUAAACUUGAUUUGUGCAAAUUUUACAACGAUGUUCGUCGAUUUUGUUGGAUUUUUGUCGACGGUAUAAAAAUGUUGCAAAUAUCUCAUAUGAUGGAACACAUUACGAACCUGUUCAAUAUCAAAGAACCAUUUCAUUUGCUCUUAAAUGAAACUGAAUAUUUGCCACCUAACGAAGAUAUUCGUGUUCUUAAGGAGAGCGAAACGAUCUCGGUUUGUCCAGGAUCUGGACUUGAAAUUGGAUCAGAAGUAUCUGCAGGUUUAAUGACAGAAAGCCAGGACAAUUUUGCAAAGAUAGAAAUAAUUAAUAAUUCUGUUCAACAUAAGGAAUCCCAAACUAAUCUUUUAUUAGAACCAUUAAACUCAAUUCUGGUUCAAGACAACUUAUCGAAUGAAGUUAUGAACAGGCCACAAAGUGAUACUUUAGACACUAGUACAAUAUGUGAUAGAACAGAAGAUGAAUUAAGCAGCAUAAUUGAUUCAAAAACUAUAGAUAUGAAUGUAAUGGAAGAUAUUAGUAUAGAAGAUUCUGUGCCAUGUCGAAAAAGGAAACGAUUGAGACAUAGAAAAAAGAAACCCCAAGAUGUUAAGCAAUCUGUCACAGAGGAGGAGAACAAAUCAAAAAAGCCCAAGAUUAUAAAUUCUUACAUUAUUUCUUCUAGUAAACAUAUACGAUUCGAUAAUGUGGAUACGGAGGAAGUUGUGGUAAAAGAAGUUAUUCAUGGAGAUACUAUGAAUGGAUGUACAAAUAAUGCAUCACCUUCUCAUGAACUAGCUAAUUUGUUGUCACUGGGCCAAAAUUCUACACCUAUUACUUUUUCAAACACAAAAUUAAAGGAAGAGAUAAAAAUUGAACACACAUCCGACGAGGAAAAUCGACUCAAUACUACUAUUACAAAUACAAAUAUAAAUGUAGCUUUAAGUAAAAAGUUAGAAGAAGGAAUAGAGUUAUCGAGUAAAGAUCUCAAAGCUUGUCCAGUUAUGACAACAGAACCUCAAGUUAAAGACUUUAUAGCCUUCAAAAUGCUUAAAAUCGGGCUGGAUUAUACACCGCAAAUAUCAGAAUUCAUUGUAGCUGAAGUUAUAUCUUAUUGCUCCAAAACAAUGAUAUAUACAUUUAAAGUCGUACAAGGUUUAUCAGAAGUUCAGGUGCCAGUUGGAAAAUUUACAGUUGUACAAGAUGAAGAAGAACAUGUCGUGAAUGAUACAAUAACAGUCAAUUCUGCGCAAAUAAUAGAGCCUAGACUGGUGUCUACAUCUGAUCAGGACAAAGUAGUUACCUACAAUCAUAAUCACACUAAUUAAUUAGAUGUUUUUUAAAUACAGUA